UGACACUCGCUCGCGUCAAAAUUCAGCAAAGCAAAAGUUUUAAGCGGACGUCUCCCGAAUUCUGUUCGCUAAAAGUUCACUAAAAUCAGUUAGUUUAAGCAUUCUCAAGUGACUAGCGAGUAUAAAAUCAACAGAACAAAAUGUCCCUCGUGUGUAGCAUAUCGAACGAAGUCCCGGAACACCCGGUGGUGUCACCCCGGUCCGGGGCCAUCUUCGAGAAGCGGCUGAUUGAAAAGUACAUCGUGGAAAAUGAGUGCGAUCCGAUCAACGGGGAACACCUGAAGGCGGAAGAGCUGAUUGAAAUUAAAACUCCCCCGAUUGUGCGGCCUAAACCACCCAGUGCGACGAGCAUUCCGGCCACGCUGAAGAUGAUGCAGGACGAGUGGGACGCACUGAUGUUGCACGCUUUUACCCAGAGACAGCAGCUGCAGACGGCCCGCCAGGAACUGUCCCACGCCCUGUACCAGCACGAUGCGGCUUGUCGUGUGAUUGCGCGUCUCAACAAGGAGGUGGCCGCAGCGCGUGAAGCGUUGGCCACACUCAAGCCGCAAACGGGAAUGGCAUCGAUACAAUCGGCAAUGCCACAGCCCUCGAUUGCGUCCGAAGCCGGCGGAAUGGCCACGCAGCCGAUCGAGCAGGCUGGCAUGAGCGCGGAAGUCAUCCAGAAGCUGCAGGACAAGGCCACGGUACUGACGCAGGAGCGCAAGAAGAAGGGACGAACCGUGCCGGAAGAGUUGGUCAGCGCCGAGAAGAUUCGUGGCUUUUUAACGCUGGCGUCCCAUCCGGGUCUGCACUCGGCCAGUGUGCCCGGCAUUUUGGCACUGGACAUCAAUCAUUCCGACCAGAGCAAGAUUCUCACCGGAGGCAACGACAAAAACGCGACCGUUUUCAACAAGGACACCGAACAGAUCGUUGCCAUCCUGAAGGGACACACCAAGAAGGUCACCAAGGUCAUUUUCCACCCCGAGGACGACACCGUCAUAACGGCCUCACCCGACGCAUGCAUUCGCAUCUGGAACGUGGGCACUUCUCAGACUCAGCUGCUGCUCCGAUGCCACGAUGGACCCGUCACGGGCCUCCUGCAUCCAACCGGCGACUACGUCCUGUCCACCUCGUCCGACAAACACUGGGCCUUCUCGGACAUCCGCACCGGUCGCCUGCUCACCAAAGUCCCCGACACGGCCGACAUUGGCCUCACAACGGCACAGUUCCAUCCGGACGGACUCAUCUUCGGCACCGGAACGGAGGAUUCGCAGGUCAAAAUCUGGGAUCUGAAAGAGCAAAGCAACGUGGCGAAUUUCCCCGGCCACACCGGUCCCAUCACGGCCAUUUCCUUCUCCGAGAACGGUUACUACCUGGCCACGGCCGCCGACGACGCCUGCAUCAAGCUGUGGGAUUUGCGCAAGCUGAAGAACUUCAAAACCAUCACCCUGGACGAGGGCUACGAGGUGAAGGAUCUGUGCUUCGAUCAGAGCGGAACCUACCUUGCGAUCGCCGGAACCGAUAUCAGAGUCUACCUUUGCAAGCAGUGGCAGGAGCUGAAGGUGUUCAACGACCACACGGCGCUGGCCACCGGCGUCCGGUUCGGCAAGCACGCCCAGUAUCUCGCCUCGACGAGCAUGGACCGUACGCUGAAGCUGUACGGAAUCGAGUAGAUUUUCGUUUUUUUUUUUCUCUAGGAUAACACAUUACAAUUACAACAUACUGAAAUGAUGGUGAAAAAUGCUAAUAUAAUGCAGUACUUGACUACAAUUACACUAAAUGGAUGGUUGAUUGACGUUUCUUCGUGCCCAAUAGAUGCAGGAAUAAAACA